GCUAGUUGUCGUCAACGAACAGUCUAUCUUCUAAUGUUUACUUGUUUCCAGCUCCGGCGUGUCCUCAAGUGAAACGUAGUCUUUGUCAUUAGACAUGUUUAUACGGAUAAUCAUUCGUUAAUUAGAGCACCAUCUAUGUUGUAAUUUGCGGCAUCUGUUCCCAAGGAAAAGGAAUAUCUGUUGUCGAGAGUGAAUAGCGAACUGAGCUUAUUGUUCGUGAUGGCGAUGUUCCGCAGUUUUGUGUCUGCUACCCAGCUCCGACAGCAUCAGCAAGCGAGCGGGGCAUCCUCCGCCACGGCUCCAGGGGAGAGCGUCGAGAGCCAGUUCUCCUGCCCCAUCUGUCUGGAGGUCUACCACAAACCCGUCAGCAUUGCCAGCUGUGCUCACACGUUCUGUGGGGAGUGUCUGCAGCCCUGUCUGCAGGUGACCUCUCCUCUCUGCCCCCUGUGCCGGAUGCCCUUUGAUCCUAAGAAGGUGGACAAGUCCUCCAGUGUGGAGAAGCAGCUGUCCUCCUACAAGGCACCCUGUAGAGGCUGCAGCAAGAAGGUGGCUUUAGUUAAAAUGAGGUCCCACAUCACCUCGUGUACGAAGGUACAGGAGCAAAUGGCCAACUGCCCUAAGUUUGUACCAGUGGUUCCCACAACACAGCCCAUUCCCAGUAAUAUUCCAAACCGCUCAACCUUUGUGUGUCCUUACUGUGGUGCCUGCCACCUGGACCAGCAGGAACUGGUCAAACAUUGCAUGGACAAUCACCGCAACGACCCCAACAAAGUGGUGUGUCCUGUGUGUUCAGCCAUGCCCUGGGGAGACCCCAGCUACAAGAGCUCCAACUUCCUGCAACACCUUCUCCACAGACACAAGUUCUGCUACGACACCUUUGUGGUAAGGAGGGGAGAUGAAGAGAUGGAGGAAGGGAGGGAAGGACAAUUGUGUUUUGCUGUGUCUAUUUGUGAGUGUGUGUAUUGCAGGACUACAGUAUUGACGAGGAAGCUGCUCUCCAGGCCGCGCUGGCUCUCUCCCUGGCAGAAAACUGAGUCCACCACACACACCAUGUUGCCACACCUAUCUCUGCCACGCCAAUCUCUGUCACGCCCCUCAGUGCCCCUGUCCCCAUCAGAUGUGUCCCACUCUGUGGUCAGAGAGAAAGCGACAGAGAAAGUGAGAAAGAGUGGUGUAUGAGAAGAUUCUGCCAACAGGGUUAGAAUCUUCAACAUCAGCAACAAUCCUCAUUGUUGUCGUUUCUAUGGAAAUAUCUCAGCAUCAAGACCACAGGACUGGCGUUGGGGUUCUGUCAAGACUCAACAAGCGAUGGUGUCCCGCAUUUGAGGAGAGUGGCAUCUGUCAGUGUUCCAGAGACUGCUGUGCGUUUGUCUUUGUUUGUGUUUGGCCUCUACGCGCAGGUUGUGAUUGGCUGAGUUCUGCUGCCUGCUUUAGGCAUGACCAGAAGAUCACUGAUCUAUCCAUCAUUCAUGUAAACAUUGUCACAACCCAAACUACUGCCACCGCCUCAAAACAAAACCAACAAGCUACAACCUUUUUUAUUCUAGAUUUCUUGUGAAUUCUAAUCAGCAUUUUCUACAUAAAUGAUCUGUAGUUCUUGGUUUAUAAGUACAGGGACAAACAUCUAGGAAUCAGUUUCUGCUUCUAUCUACCUUUUACCUUGUUACCUUGCUGCACUGAUAUUUUUAUGAUUCAUCACUACCAGAUAAAACUAAAAGAAGAUAUAUCUUUUUUGGAAGAAAACAAUGUUCAAAUGGUGCACUAUUAACAAGAAAGUAAAACACAUGUCUGUGGGGACUUUUACCUUCUUUUUACAUCUUACCAUUUGUACUGUUGUUGCGCAGCGUUCUGGCUCUGCAAGGGAGAGGGAGAGCAAGCAUGAACUCUGCACUGGUGUGGCGUAGUACACAUACUCAGUCACUUGAGGGAGCCACAUCCAUAGGAGUGGGCCUUCACCACCAACCAAGCUCCAGAAAUAAGGUUCUCUGCUGCUGUGCAGACAGGGCUAAAUGGCUGACUGAGGACUGACAUUAGUGUGUGUCCGUGUAAAGAGAAGUGGGUAUUCCUUGUACACCCUCAAUUACACUACUGUGUAGAUCUUACUCUUUCUGACCCCCCUCACCACAUGACAGAAAAUAACUGUGAGAGAGAUGGCACAGUGGUCUGAUCAGGUCAGAAUAACGAUGUCUUAAUCAAAGGAUGCAUGUUUUCAUAAAGGCCUUUGAACUAAGAUGAAACUGUUAGUCUUUCUGACUGGCUUCAUGUAGACGUUCUAGUUCCUGACAGAAACUGAGCUCAUCAAAUACAGCAGGGACGAAGGGAGGGACUAAGAGAGAGGGAGGGAAACAGGGAGUUGUACAUGAUUGAGGAUGUGAGACUUUGCCAUGUCUCUGGUAUGGAAUGUGCAUUGUUGUGCUCUUUUAAUUUUGUUGCAAUAUCUUUCCUACACAAAGAAUGCAUUGAAAUGGCACUUUAUGAAUUCAUUCAAAAAUAUAUUUGAGCAGAAAUGUUAUUCUAGUUAUUUUAGGUGUGACUGGAGAAACUGAAUGAGUGGAGAAUGCGUGAGCACCCUGUGUGUCCCUGUGGAGGAACCAGUGAGUGUUUCUGUAAAGUCACAGUAUGCUGUCAGCCAUUGUCAAUAAGGCAGUCAGUCAGUCGGUUCUGUUGUACAGAGCAGAUGUGAAAGCAGGACAGAAUGGGCCUCUUGAUGAUUGUUACACUGAGAUGGUCUGAACACUCAGUCCACGAGCACUCAGGACCUGAUCCAUCUAACCCAGGUCUGCCUGGACCCCAGUGUUCGGAGGAAUGCAGAUGGAGCGGGUGACAAGCUGCAGACACGGAAGAGGCUUGUGAAGCAUGUCCCUCCUGGGACCCGGUAGAUGGGUCAGACAUCUUACUUUUUUUAGUUGAUUUACACAAAAGGGUAGUCGUUGAUAAGGACUCUUCUAAGUGUAUGUACGGUAUUGUCUGGUCCACAUCUAUAGCUGUAGCAUAUAUUUCAAUUUAUAAGACUUUUGAUAUUACAUUCUCUAUUUAAUUUGUUCCUGUUAUGUUAUAUGGAGCAUGCUUACCUUCCCUUACCUCCUUAUAAAUUGAUAUGUUUCAACCCUUUGUAUUGUUGCUCCCAUGGAUUGCCCAUAACAACCAUGAUAGAUUGUAUCUUACUUAUGGUGUCCCAGGUCUAGGGCCUGGACCUAGCCUGGUUCUAGCUUGGCUUGAGCGUCAGGAACACCUGAACCUCGCCCUAGGCCCUGGUACUUGCCUGUUGAACAGGACGCCGUUUUGGCCAGAGAGGAAGUGACUCUGGGUGCCAUUUUGUUUUCCUGACACUGCAGCAGAUGAGUCAGAUUUGCUUGGUUGUUCUGGUGCUCGGCCUUGGUCUGGUCCUAGUUCUAGUCCUAGACUUGUUACUAGGGAGCUGUCCAGGGCAGGCUAGAUCAUGCAAAAAAACGAUGUAGUAUUUGUUACGUGUGAUUUCUUUGUUCUUUACCUAGUAAUAAUGGGCAUAGUAAAAGCAGUAUGAGUCAUGAUGCGAGCCAUGUGGCGUCUUCAGUUGUUCCACUGUUUCAACUUUAAUAAGAUAUUAUACUUAACUAUGUAUUUGUGGCAGUUUUUUUUCUCUCUGAAUAAACAAAC